GAAACGAACAACUAGUUCUUUCAACAUCAUCAACUCCCUCCCAUCGAUAUCUGCAACAUAUCCACAGUGCAAGAAUAUAUCAUAAAUGAAAACCAAGGCGACCAAGGUCGAAACCUCCAAAGAAAUUCAUGGCCAGGACAUCAAGCUUGAGUCCAGUCCUGUUGGAAUUUCUUCGUUUCUUUAUGCAACUUUCACGGGGAAACAGCCUGAAACUCAGGGCUUACCGUCCACAUCAUUGAAUUGCCUGACAGCAGUUGCUCUCUUCGGAUCCUACCUACUGUUCUUCCUUUUCGUGCGCUGGACCAUCAAUUCAACAGACAUUGUAUCAUCAUACAUCCUCCCGCCCUUCAUUCAUUGUGCGAGUCUGUCUGUGCGGUACAGUGCUAUCGCUGCUGGCAUCCAAACAUCAGAAACAGGAACUACGAAAUAUAUCGUCGAUGCUCGCACACUUUUACUGACCAUGUCCUUGUUGUAUUACGUCUGUGUAUAUGUUGUAAGCAGUGUCUUAUCCGCCACUGCACAGAUUGCAACUAGUCCUUUCCCAUACAACAACGUCGAGCCCCGCAAACAUAAACGUAACAUGCCUCCAGGGCUUGCACAUCGCACGGUCUCCACUCAUGAAGCUUUGUACGAUUUCUUCCCGGCGUAUUCUAUCACAGCUAUUUUUACCGCAUGGUGUAUCUCACCAUCUGAACCCAUUUCAAGUCCGGUUCUAUCAGCACUUGCACUUCAUAUUUUCGUAAAACUUGCCAUCUGGGCUCCUGCAUAUUUGCUACGUGCACAUGCGUUACGAGGUGCUGCGCAUAUUGUUGCAAAUGAUGCGCUUAUACUAGCGUUCUGUGCAUUAAUUGGAAGGGAAGCAUACUAAAGGAACCAGUGAUCAUCAAACAUUUUACGUGCGAGGGUGCGAUUGGAAGUUUAUUCGUGCACAGCGUUUUAAGGGACAGUGCAAUACACCAUAAACACAGUAGGCGUAGAGACGAGACAUAUUUUUCUUUGUUUCCUAGUCCCUCUAGCUGUUAGAGGGAUCCAUUUACUAUCAAUUAUGCAGUCUGUCAAACCACUUGCUUACGCAGUAUCAUGGUGCGCUCUUUU